CAGGCGCCUCUCCUGGUUCUCUGGUUGUGGUGGUUUUGUAAAUACAAACUGAAAAGAGGGACUUUAAACAUGCCGAUGAAAGGACGGUUUCCGAUCAGGAGGACUCUGGAGUACCUGCAGAAGGGAGACAUCAUCUUUAAGAACCGAGUAAAGAUCAUGACGGUGAACUACAACACGCACGGAGAGCUCAGCGACGGAGCAAGAAAGUUUGUGUUCUUCAAUAUUCCUCGGAUUCAGUACAAAAACCAGUGGCUCCAAAUAAUGAUGUUCAAAAAUAUGACACCAUCACCGUUCCUGAAGUUCUACCUGGAUGAUGGGGAGCAAGUUCUGGUGGAUGUGGAAGGAAAGGACCACAAAGAAAUCUCACAACAUGUGAAGAAGAUUCUGGGAAAAUCAGAAGAAGUGUUACAAGCCGAGGCUCGAGCCAAGAUGCAGGCCUCCAACCCCGCCAACUUCGGGCCCAGAAAGUACUGUCUGAGGGAGUGCAUGUGCGAGGUGGAGGGCCAGGUGCCGUGUCCCGGCAGCACGCCGCUGCCCAAAGAGAUGACGGGGAAAUAUCGCGCCCAGAUGGCAGCCUCACAGGAGUGAGACGCCCGAGGACCGAGGAGGAGAGCUGAGUGCUGUAGAUUCACGGGACAAUGCUGAGCCACGGUUUGAUUUUGUACGAUUGCAUAAAAAAAAAAAAAACUACGCCGUUGCAGAUUUAGCUGUAAAUAUGAGUAACUAAAUGGAUCCCGCUGCGCUGUGCGUUGUGGGAACGUCGCUGGCUGGACUCUCCAGUCCAGCGAGAGCAGCAGGAAACGACCGACACACAACAGGAUGAGAUUUACACAUCGAGCAAAAUGUCAACACUGCAAUGUAAACAUUCAAAUAAAACUGAUUUGCCUGCC